AUGAACGGCCUUGAUGCUUUUGGUACACAGACAGCAUGGCCGGACGGUACUGCUCUCACAGAUGACAGAGUUGUUGUUAAUGGUAAAAAUUAUGUUCGAGACCUGACUCAGGGAAUGCAGAACACUGUUUUGGUGGGCUUGGUCAUAACUAAACAAGAAAAACGUUCAUUUGAAGACAAGAAAAAUCCUGGAACCACUAGAUCCCACUUGCAUUUCACAUUGAGAGACACCCCCACUGAUUUUAUCAAUGUCAGCUGUUGGGGAUCUAAUACUCAUAUUAGCAACCUAGCAAAAGCAUUCAAGAUUAAUGAUGUUGUUGAGAUCAGAAAUGCACAAGUUCAGGCAAAGAGAAACACAGAAUCAGAAGAAAGAUGGAGUCCUUGGACCCCAAGUGGAUUUCAGCUUAGUGUCAAUGAGUCCCAUUCAUCAGUCAGUCUAUACAGUGGAUGGGAUAUAAAUGAUUUUGAUGUGGUGGCUCAUGUGCCAAUAAAAGCAAGCAAUGAUUUCUAUACUUUGGGAGAUAUUAUAGCCAAUGGUCAAAGUCUUCAUGGAGAACACAUCAAUAUCAUGGCAGCAGUAAGAAAUAUUGGCAAGCCAAGAGACAUCACAACAAAAACAGGCAGACAAGUGAAGAGAUGCGAAAUCAAACUUUUUGAUGAUACAGUCUCAUCAUUCCCAUUGAUAAUAUGGGAUGCUGAGCUUGUCGAGCUUUCACAAACUUGGUUACCAAAAGAUUUUAUUUUGUUCAUUGCUGAUGUUAAGGUGACAUUUGAUAACUUCAAGAAGGCAAUGGUUGCAACCUGUGACUCAAAAACUAUAAUUACUACCAACCCUGAUACAAGAGAGGCACAGCAACUAUUUAAGUAUACACAGACUGUAGACAUAGUGGAUGAUGAUUUAGAAAGAUCAGGAGAUGAUGCCUUUGAAAUCUCUAAUAUUCAAGACAUCUUUACCGUCAGCCAAGUACUGGAAAAACUUUUGACGGCUGAUGAAGAAUGUGUCCCACAGGAAGUUACUGGCAUUAUUUAUGCAUUUGUUACUGAACUUGAUUUGGAUAAUGAAAGGCAACGCUUCAUUGCCACCAGAUGUGGCUCUUGUGGACAGAAACUAGAUGGUCCAUCAGAAGUAUGCAUAAACCCAAACUGCUCCGCAUCUAACAAUGGCGAUGCGCAAAUUAAAACUGACUUUGAAAUCAGCAGUUCUUUUUCUGACCACACAGGAAUGGUGCAUUGCCGUAUGAAGGGCAAAUGCGUGGAGUCUUUGCUUGGUUGCACGGCAACUGAAUUCUUAAAUUUUACACAAACCCAAGCUACAGACGUCAAGUUUAAAUUCCUUUUAGAAAGAUGCAAGGUGUACUUCAAGAUCGUCACCUCCGGGAAACGGUGGCUGCGAGUGCUAUCGUGUUCUCUGGCUGACCACCAAGAAACUGCAAAUGUUUUGCAAAAUUUCCUUCGUGGGUAACCGGCCUAACUGAUCCUCUUCUGGUGUUUAAUGGUAGCGAUCAUUGCUGCGCUGUUUGUAGAAGCAUGUCUUUAAUACGCGUUUUGGUAUGAUUUAUUAUGGUUCCCAGUAAAGAUUCAAAAGCUACUCAGUGGCGCUUCGUCUUAAAUAUUUAAAGAAAUUUCCACAGAGACUAGCUUUUUUGACUAUGCAGUCAAUGCAAAGUAAUAUUUUUAUUUAACGAUGUCAUUUUUCAAAUGCCAACAGCUAGAGAUGGUUCGAAGCACUCGAAAAAUGUAAAACAAUAUCUGUUUCUCAAGUAUGUAUUGUAAAAUCGAAGUAUGAUAGUAUUUCUUCUUAAUGACAAUAUUUUUAGAUCUGUCUAUUAAUUUCUUAACGGGAUUUUUGAAUUUACAUUUUCCAUUUUUACGUUAUAACCAUGUAAGGUAAUAAUGCUACGAUGUUUUCAAAAAUGUGAAAACGUUUGUUUUGAUAUUUGAACCAGUCAGACAGAACUUUGGUUUUACAUUC